AUGAAAGAUACUACAAUUAUCAUCGACUACACACCAAUACCGUUGAAGAUCAAAGCAAAGAAAUUCUUGAGACAGAUGCCGAACUUCCUCAAAACCUACUUUGCAAGCAUAUUUCCCAUCUUUCAAUGGAUCCACAGGUACAAUUUGACUUGGCUGGUACAAGACAUCAUUGCCGGUGUUACAGUGGGAAUUGUCAUUGUGCCUCAAAGCAUGGCUUACGCCAAAAUUGCCAAUCUUGAUCCACAAUACGGACUAUACACUUCGUUUGUCGGCGUGUCACUCUACUGUUUCUUUGGCACAUCCAAAGACAUUAGUAUUGGCCCCAUAUCCACGGUAUCCUUAUUAGUUAGUUCCGUUGUUAAUUCCGUAAUCAAGAUUGAUCCUAGCAUUACACCUUCUGAGAUUGCUGUUACUCUCGGUCUGUUUGCUGGAAUUAUCAUGCUUAUUAUCAGCUUUCUUCGCUUGGGUAUUCUCGUGGAUUUCAUACCUGAACCUGCCAUUGCGGGAUACAUGACCGGGUCAGCUAUUACGAUUGUUCUUAGUCAAUGCCCCAAGUUGUUUGGCAUUCCAGAUGUUUCAACACAUGAAUCGCCCUAUUUGAUCUUUGGCAAUGUGCUAGCUAAAUUGCCUCACACUCAUCUGGAUGUUGCAUUUGGACUAGCCUCGCUGGUGUUUUUAUACACAAUUCGAUUUGCUUGCGGCAGAUAUACAGCUAAAUCACCGGCGCUUCGAAAGGCUGUUUUUUUGUUCGGCAUCAUGAGAAACGGCCUGAUUGUCAUUGUGGGCACAUUCAUCUCCUUUAUGAUCUGUAGAGGCAAAUCAAAGAGCCCCAUCUCUGUAAUUCAAUCGGUGCCUGCUGGCUUUGAUGCGAUGGGCAUUCCUACAUUGCGCUUUGAUAUUCUCCAAGAAGCUGGAGGCAUUCUUCCGUCCAUUGUCCUCAUUUUGAUUUUGGAGCACAUCUCUGUAGCCAAAUCAUUUGGAAGAAUCUAUGAUUACCAGAUUAGUCCAGAUCAGGAAAUAUUGGCCAUUGGCGUGAGUAACAUCGUGGGGUCAUUCUUUGGUGGGUAUCCUGCUACCGGUGCCUUUAGCCGUACAGCGAUUAUGGCGAGAUCUGGUGCAAGGACACCCAUUGCAGGUGUUUUCUCUGGCGCAAUUGUUGUAUUGGCCCUCUACGCCCUUACUCCUGCUUUUUACUAUAUCCCUGACGCUGUUCUCGCCGCCGUUGUAAUUCAUGCUGUUUCUGAUAUUGCUUCCGGAAGUAAAUACCUCAAGGAGCUAUGGCAUGCUAGCUCUACGGAAUUCUUUGUAUGGCUUGGUGCUGUCCUAGUCACCAUCUUUGUCGACGUAGAAACCGGCAUCUACGCCGCUGUGGGUCUAUCUUUGAUCUUGAUGCUCUAUAAACUGGCCCGACCACCCAUCAAGACACUGACAAGAAUUUCAACCAAUGAUGGCAAUAAGCCAACCACAACAGAAAUGUAUUUGGAUGCUCAGGGCAACAAAACAACCACUAAUAUCUCUUCUGACAAAGAUAGACACUAUGUGUAUGUCGAUGCAGCGGACCCCAACUUUAAGGACUAUAUCGCUCCCGUGCCAUCAGGUAUUCUUAUACUCAAACUAUGCGAUUCUCUCCUCUACCCCAACGCAGAGCAUAUCUCGGAUGCUAUUGUCUAUACAGUAAGACAAAAAACAAGGUGCGGAAACACGGCUGACAUGAACAAGAGCGACAGUGAUCGUGCUUGGAAUCAUAGUGCACAAACACAUGAUUUCGAUGCUUUGCAACUGCCGGUUUUAGAAGCCUUGAUCCUCGAUUUCAGCGCUGUCUGUCGAUUGGAUGCAACGGCACUUCAAAUUCUUGCUACCACCCGUGAUACAGUAGAUAAAUACGCUGGCAGAUCAGUGGAAUGGCAUUUUUCCGGAUUGCAAGGUGAGUCUGUUCGUCGUGCAUUACUCCAUGCUGGAUUUGGUUCCUACUGCGCGCUAUCUGGAUCAGAGAGCUCAGGCAAUUGCUCCCUUGUUUCCUUGGCCUCUGCAAAUGAUUACCAAAUACCCUCCUCUUCAGCAGUAGCCUCGCCUAAAUUGCCCAUGCAACACAUCGUUGUCAAUCACCAAGAAGGCCUAGAAUCAAGCAAUUUCAUUUAUGACCUGGAAACAGGAUCAGCUAUUAAUACGGGCGUUCCUGGAAGUCAUGCAUGCAAUCCUAUCUCUAACGCUCCUUGUACGCCAAUAGAUCGUUUUCCUUGCUUUCACUGGGAUGUCGAUUCAGCAGUACGAUUCAUUUGCAAGCGAUGGCACGACAAGGCUCAAAAAAUAGAGAAAUUGGAUACUGGCAUUGCUAUCAACUAG